GGGAAAGGUAUAAAAGGUCCCAGCAGACUGCCAGAGACAGCAUCUCUGAGACACAGGAGUGUCCCAGUUUCUCUCUGCUGUGCUCAGUGAAACAUCACCUUGACCAUGAAGGUAGCUGGUGUUUUCCUGCUCCUCUCCCUGGCAAUCUGCUUCUACCAAGGAAAUGCUGAGAUGGGUGCGGAUGCAGCUAUUUUCAGAGGAACAGAGCCGUUUUGUGACAAUUACAACCUGAGAAGAGGGUGUACCAGGGAGUUUGAGCCCAUCUGUGGCACGGAUGACCAGCUGUACAGCAACGAGUGCCUGUUGUGCCUUCACAACCUGCAAAGAACCAGCCAUGUGCGCAUCAAGAACAGAGGAAUGUGCCGAACUCUCCGUAUGUACCCUGCUAACAACUGAGGCACAACCGCUCCAGAGAUGAGAGCACAAAGCCAUCCCCUCACCUGCUCAAACCCCCAAUAAAAUGGAAGCAUCGCCA